AUGAAUUCGCAUUCGCUGGGAAUUCAUUUCGGUUCAUCAAAACCGGCGAAUGAGUAUUUCAAGCCAAAUCUAUUACUGGGCUUGUUCCCCACAUUGUUCCCGUACGGAUGUGGUGCCAUCGAAGAUCUCAGCCGGCCCAUUAAAGUUGCAUUCAGAAAACACAUUCAGUAUCUGUUAACAUAUCAAGACAAACGAUUCGAAACACAUCAUUCGUUUAUGUUUGUUGUAUUCAAUAUGCUUCAAAAACGAGACGCCUGCUUCAAUGCUCGAUUAAUGAUUUCAAGAUCGUAUUUCAAAAACGUCGUGAAUCAACUACAAACAUUAACACCAAACGAGAUUCAAACGGCUUUGGCUAAUCUUAACAAAGAUAAAAUUUCAUCUAUCAGUGACCCACGUAUCAAUACUCUGUUGAAAGGAAUCAAAACCGUUGGCGGACAUGUGCAUGGAUCAUGCCAGUCUCGUGCUGCACUUAGAACGAAAAUUCAUGCACUGGUAUACAAGAAAGGACUACCAAUACGGACAGUGCAUCCGGCCGAUACAUAUCAUCCACUUGCCAUGUAUUUCACCGGUGUUAAUACUUAA